AGAUCGCUAGUGCUAUAACAUUAAGCGUGAAGUAGUUAUAGCAAUAAUGAAAUUUAAGAUACUUUUUUUUAUAUUUAUUUAUGUGGUUUUUGUGAUUAGCGAAACCAGCGCAAAAUUUAAAAUUAAUUUUGGAAGAAUUUCUAAAACAGGUGGAUCUUCACAUAGUGGAAUAUCCCGUGGAAUAUCCCGUGGAAUAUCCCGUGGAUCAUACAGUGGAAACUCACAUGGAAACUCAUUAGGAAAUGUACAUGGAGCAAGUUUCAGUCCAAAAGGACCAACAAUACCUCAACAGAACAAGGAUAUUAAUACACACUUUUUAAAUGGUGAAGGUGGAGGAGCCAUGCGACCAACACAAAGGAAGCCUUCUGCACCAUUGUAUCCCACAUAUCCACAAACUUCUAAACCUAUUUCAAAUCCACUAAAUGCAGGAAAGCCAGGAGUUGUGACUGAAAGUAAACAAACUUCUCCUUAUCACCCAUCUGCACCUCAGGAUGACAUGAUAAAAUCUAAUACAGGAUCUCAUUUAGGAAAUAUUAGACCAACUGCACCAGCUCAACCACAUUCAUCAUGGAGUAAUCCUUAUUUAGGAAGCAAUAAACCACUAGUAUCAAAUUCUCAACCAACUGUUUCAAGUCAUUCACCACCACCAAUUGGAUUUAAAGAUCAUGUUUAUCCACAAACUUAUCCAACUUCUACUAGUACUCAAUUUAGACCAGUUACAAAUGGACAUCCUCCUUACCCUAUACACCCCAUGCCUUCAAGUAAUUCGUGGUCACAUCCUAUUUCUCGUGGAUAUGAUCAAAUAACUUCAACCCCAUUAGGAAAUCCUUACUCUAUGCAUACUCCUGGAGGUGCUUAUAGUGCACCUGGGCAGCCUUCGUAUUAUCCGCAGCAAACACACUUUCUCGCACAGCCUGCGGUACAGCCGUUUGUACCUGGCCAAACUGUCGUAAUAGCACCUGGGCAACAAGAUUCUGGUCGAGGUUUUGGCCAGAUGGUUAAAGAAGCGCUUGUUUAUUCAACUAUUAAUGCAGGAGUAAAUAGAAUAUUAAAUCCUCAUACUCAUCAUCAUUAUGUGGAAAGUAAACCUGAUCCUACUUCAACAUCUACAACUCAUAUUACUUACAACAAUCAGUAUUUUAAUACUCCACCUGGAGUUAAUAACAAUAUGAAUUCUACAAGCACACCACAAGCAAUUGGGCCUACUACUAACAAUUUUCCAACUGAAGUAUUCAAUGUGGGUGAUAAUGUUCCUUCAUCAGGAUAUGACAGUCCAUACAAACCAAACACCCAUACUAGUGGAUUUAGUUCAACUCCAGUUGAAAAUGGAAUCAGAACUCCUACUGCAUCUCAUAUACAUGAAAAACAAAUUACGCCUUCGACUGGAUCUAGUGCAUCAAAUGAUCAAAAGAAUCCAUUUAAUAAUCCUGCCAAUAUAAAUAGUAUGCUUUCCUAUAGGGUUUCGGAUGAUGAACUCUUUAGAAUAUCAGAAGAAUUGUUUAGAAAAAGAUCGCACGAUAUAUCGAAAUACAUAAAACUGAAUUUGCAGAAUCGGGUUACAUCUCCUAACGUAACGGAUGAAGCUAAAGAACCAUUGUUCACAGUAGAUGCAGACUUAUUAGAAUAUCCAUCAAUUUAUGUAACACGAUCUUUAUACGAUAGUUAUGCGUAUGAUUCCCAGCAGAAAUUGAAUCGUACUUUAGAAACAAGGAAAAAAGAAAAUCUUUUGAUCGAUACCUUCUUAAAUACAAAUGAAAUGGCAAUAACUAUGCAAUGGUUAGCUGAUCAUGGAUUCAUCGAUCCCGAUGAUUUUGAAAGAAAAGACGUAAUUCGUCGAAUUUGGUUCACAAUAUUCAGUGGUAGUAGUUGCGGAUUUGAACGUGUGUUCGCAUCAGAAAAUUAUGGUUCAGCCAUUAUUGGUAUACAAGAUUGGAUUUAUUUCGAAAACCAAGAAUCUUUGGGACGUAUAAAUUACAUGGGAUACGUAGAUAAAUUGGAUUUUGGAAAUACUGCUUCGUUGUUGAAACUAAAUUUCCAAAUGGAUGGAAUCGUUAAACCAAACGCAACAAUAUUUGUGGGUACUCUACCUGAGUUGGAGAUGUCAUUGUAUACGAUAUGCUUUUAUGCAAGACCGAACAAUGUCUGUCCAGUUUCUCUUGGUGGGACCAAGUUUAAUAUCUAUACGCACUCGUUUACAUAUUUCGGAAACGAAAUUAUAGAUCUCGGUCUUCCAAUAUUCUAGUAUAAAAGAUAUUUCGUUUGUAGUAAUUAUAUGUAGGAUUCGAUAUAGAACGUAGACUUCAUUGUUCUAUAGAUAAUAUAGUAAGUUGCAAAAAUAUUAUUAAAACAAAAAA